AUGACCCUCGCUGAUGUCGAGGCUUUGGUCCCUGAACUCAUCGGUAGACACAAGAUCAUGGACCAGAUGGUCAUAAACAUUGGUUACUUCAAUGCUAGAGGCUUGAUAUUGUCUUCUGACCUCGAGCACAUGCUUAUCCAUAUCCUCGCUGUAGGUGACGAACAGCAUUACCUUUACGAAACAACACAAGCCCGGAUUGAACUGGAACGCCUCCGCUAUCAACACUGCGAGCGCAUGCAGCGCCAAACCCGGAUCAAAGAUGUCAAGGGUCUCAAGAAGACGGGAAGACUAAGGAGCAAUGUCCAGCAUUGUGAGUCUAUUGGCGACUUUUCUCGUUCCAGGCUGCACAGUGGGCCGGGCCUAACGGAUCGGAAGUAUCCCAGGGUCCGGCUGCCGCCCAAUGAUACACGACAGGUGAGCGUGAUACCCAAUCUGCCAGUGUCGAGAAUGGAUAUGGAGGUCGAGCAUUGUGAUGUGUCGACGAGGACCGGAUCGACCCCCGAGUUUCAGGAUGCGAGGAUGGAGAUGAGCGACAAGAUUGUCGUGAAACUUCCACCUAAAGAGCCUUCAUCCCAAGCCCAAACACCGCCUAAGCGUCGGAGACGAAGAAAGCAGACUAAAAUACCUUAA